UGUGUGCGAGGUUUAUUCUCUUUUGUUUCCCUUUCUUCUCUUCCCGAGCGAACGUACAAUCAACCGGUGCAAGUCCCACGCACACCUACGAACGGUCGCAGUUGACCAAUGAGGGCUAAGCCACGCCUCUUGGUAUCCCCACAGCAGCAUGUUGCUUAUCCGCUCGCUCAAUGCGGUGCAACGCCUACCACUUGAGAACGCUCGUUGGGGCCUCAGUUGGUGAACGUAUACCGUGAUGGAACGACCGUUUUCGCCGCCGCUAUUCACAGUCAAGUGCUGCCGGUUUGAUUCGCGCUUGUAACCCUCCCCUUCCGCACUUUCCUACGUCCCCGAUUGAAGCGGCGUAGCGUACAAAUCUACGAGGGUCGGAAGUGUAGUGUGCGUGAAUCUGUACGCAAGGGGGUGAAAUAGUAACAGGCGAUAAUAACGAUUUUUUUAGCUCGGUCGGGAAAGGUUGCACAACCUUUCUUUGCCUCUGGUUUCGUCUUUCGUCGGUCGGGACCCGCGAAUACAACGUUGUAGUGUGACACACGGUGCGAAUUUAAUUACUGAUAAUCCUUUGGGUCGCAAUUGUUCUGUAACAGAGCCGCCGAGCGGACUGGCUUCUCCGAUCCUGUUGGAAGAAAACUUUGCGUGGGUGUCGUGAACGAGUUCCAAUUGGAUAGUUGGAAAAGCAAGUGAAACACGAGUGCAAUAUCUGUACGGUAGCGACGGCUUUGUGAAGGCUUGACGGUGCAAUGCUGUAAAAUGGCUACAAUUAUGUCACACAAUUUGCCGUUGAUUCCGCUGCCGCUGAAGGCCACGACGGCGGCAGCUUUGGCAAAGACCACCGCAGGAUUGAUGAUGUCUGGGUUGUUGGGGAAGCACCCGGGAGAAGACGUGUACGGAAACGGAACAAUCGGGAUACCGACGGACCGCAGCAGUCCAGAUGUGGCUAGUAGUGAAGCACGUUCGAGUCCAGAGUCGCUGAUGAUGGUGCAACAGAAGGAGCGUGAAGACGAUCGCAUGAGCUGCUGUAGUGACGAUAGUGAACUGUCGGUAGGGCAAGAAGGACUAGAAGAAAAAACUAUGAACAGUGAUGAAAAACUGAGUGUAAUUAGUGCAAAUUCACGAAUGGCUGCCGUGGACGUUGAAAAGCUAAUCGAGAGGCAUAAUGUUGAAAUGGGUGACGAAAUUAGUAACGAUUCUUCGCGGUAUUCGAGCUCCAAGGAUCCGUCGGAAGAUUACAUGAAGAUUCCGUUGAUGCGGCCGAGCCCAACGCGGCUGCAUGAAGAGUUCCUUAGAAAUUCACAACUCUACGCUGAGGAGUUGAUGCGGCAGCAGAUGCAGAUUGUUGCUGCUGCGAGAGGUCUCAACUUAAGUCCAAAACCGUUGGACCCAGCCCUUGGGCUAGUCGCCCGAAUACAAGACAAUCGUAGUCCUGGCAGGGCAUCCCUUACGGAAGAACAGAAAAUCGGCUUCCGGCCGCAUAUACGAGGCAUCGGUGAAAUCUACCACGAUCGCCACCGAUGGUCCGAUGAGCGCAGUGUUCAAUCUCCGCCAGAUUCAACGUCCUUUCGGGGAAUUCACUCGCAUUUGAGCGCCAUCUCUCAAAUAACCCAGAAUCUCAACAGUGACAUAAGCAAGCUAACUUCCCCCGCAAGCCUAGCCAGUAUGACCUCUCGGGAAAGUUCCCAAUCUCCACCGCAGCACCCCGCUCACCUGCUCCAAAUGAAUAACAACAUUGCCCUCAACGAUCAAAACCUCAAGUUCAGCAUAGACAACAUAUUGAAGGCCGAUUUCGGCCGACGCAUAACCGAUCCGCUGAAACGUAGUGGCAAAAAUUUUGCGAAAAAGCCGUCGGCUCCUGGCGAAAAGCCUACCGCAAUGGAUCUGACGGCCCUCGUUACCAAUGGCGGCAGUGCGAGUUGCAGUGUUGCCAGCAGAAGUCUAAAUUCAAGUGCUAGUGGAAGUGAAUUGGAAGUGCCCACGUCUCCGUCGUCCUCCAGCGGGAAGACGGCCGCGGAAACCAGCAGCGGUAGUGGCAGCAGUAGUGCGAGCGGUGGAAGCAGUUCGUCAUCAUCUGGAGGGCCCAUGGUAUGGCCAGCCUGGGUCUACUGCACCCGAUACAGCGAUCGUCCUAGUUCAGGUUGGUACUGCUUCUGGUUUCAGGCAACAGCGAAGUUCGACAAUUAUGACAGUAAUACGACAUUUAUUGAACCUGCUUCACGUUUUACAGUAAACGUUCGGUCGGUGCAAACGGUUUAACUGCAAUGCUUUUUAACUGCAAGUACGGUAAGUGCAACAAUUUUGCAGUUAACGCACCGCCAUCCGUCAAAAUGGUGCGCCAUGUUAGCCUAAAUGAACAGUCGGAUGAAGUUCGCGUUCAUUUUACGUCAGUUGAUGGUUUGUUGACACUGUCAGGCGUUGCAGUUAUCGGAUUUUCGUUCGCUAAGUGAAACGUAAACAUGUUGCAGUUAUCGAACGUCUACUGUAUUCUGCGAGAUUCCCUCAUAAACAGGGAAAAUCCCUGACUUGAUUAUAGGAAGAUUCUGUUGAGAUACUAGUGUUCUAGAAGUUUUCGUACUCUCUUCCAGGGAGAAUCCUCAUUCGAUUUUCGGAAAAAUCCCUCAUAGGUUUCUAAAUAUAUUUCCCUCAAGAAUCUGAAAGAACCCGUUUUAUGAUCCCUCGUAGAAUUCUAGAGAAUACCUUUCGGAAUUAUGGCUGACUUAUUGGCAGCAUUCUGAAGGAUUUCAUCCAGAAUUAUAAAGGAAUUCUGGGAGAAUACUUAAAAGGAUUCUGGAGGCAUUCUUCUAAAGUUUCUGGGGAAAUCCUAUCUUCCAGAAUUCUGUGAGAGUAUAUCUCAGGUUUCUUUGGCAAACUCGCCUAGUAUUUUGAGGGAACCUUCCUCAGAAUUCUGGAAUCCUAAGCUACGCUUUUUUAGGAUUCUGGGUAAUUUCUUUCAAGUCUCUUGGGGAAUUCAUCUUAGAAUUCAGAAAAUCUUGUUUGUUUUGUGGGAAUCUCUCUCACAAUUCUAGAUGAAUUUAUCUCAAGAAUGUGAAAGGAAAGGCUCUUGGAAAUCCUCUCAUGAUUUUGGGAGGAUUCUUUUUAGGAUUCUGGGAUAAUUCUAUUUACGAGUCUGGAACAUUUUGAGAGAAUCCCAAGGGAAAGCUUCUCUUGGGAUUCUGAGACUAAAGGGUGAGUCGUUAAUUAUUGUGCCACCCUACCUUCAACUGAUUCGAAAAUUGUCUACAGUUAACGAAAUGAAACCAAAUUUUUACAGUAGUUUAGUGUAUUUCAACUUUUUGGUAUAGCUUCAAACUUAGGAUGCGUUUUAGUGAAAUUCACGACAUUUUCAAUUAACGCUUUCCUUGUGGACACGUUCAGGCUCUACUUGAAACAAAUAAUUAAAGCUCUCUAGUUUGUUUAUGCACAUCGUGCCUGGUUUUCACCAAGCUCCAAGCUUAUGUUUCUCUGACAACCGUUCCUGAAACCUAUUAACGAACAUUAAGAUGAUCCGAUAAUGUAUAAUCAUUAAUUGUUCCAAGUCGCGAUGGCAUGAUUUUUGAUUUUAGCAUGUGAUUGUACAACAUCUUAUUUAGAACUGUUAACUUAACUUAUUCUAUAUCGACCGGAAUCUCACUGAUAACUGCUCAAUUAAUUAUACGUAAACAAUAGACUAUAAGGAGAAACUGUGCAAAAUUUGGUUGAUUUAGGUGAAGCAGGAAAAAAAAGUUACGUUAGUUUGAAAAUGGCACAAUAAUUAUCGACUCACCCUUUAUCUAUCACAGGAUCCUGGGAGAAUUCCUCUCGGGACUCUGAGACAAUCCGUCUCAUAGAUAUGGAGUAAUCUCUCUCAGGAUUCUGGGAAAAUCCUUAAUAGAAUUCAGAGUGAAUUCCUUCCAAGAUACCGGAAGAGUCUUGCUUUCUUUUCUAGAUAUUGUCACUUGGGAUUCUGGUGAAAUCAUUUUCAGCAUUCUGAAGAAAUCUCUCUAGUAAUUCUAGAGGAACUCCUUUCAGAAUUCUGGAGGUAUCUCUUUAAAUAUUCAGGGGAAAUUUCUUUCAUCAGUCUGCGGGAAUUUAUUUCAGUACUAUAUGGGAAUACUUCUCAAAGUUCUGGGGAUUUUUCUUUCGAUUCAAAACUAUUAAAUAUCGUUUUUUUCAGAAUGCACUUUUUUAACGUUAUACAGUACUUUUUCGAUUAUAUCACGAAUAAAAAAAAAUAAUCGCGUGAUAUACUGGAGCGUGGUAAAAUUGAAACAUAUUUUUUGCGAGUGUUUUUAUUACUCAAAAUACGCCUAAAUACAAAAAAAAAUCAAAUAAAAAACGAACGAAACAUCAAACCACGCAAUAGAUAUUGAAAAUUUCAGGUAGCAUUUUGAAAAAAAAAAAACAAACGAUCGUCAAUAAAAAUAAAGAAGUCAUCCUAGAUUGUAUUUAUGCUGCAUUGUAGAGCAAUGUGAAGAUAUCCCUUCAACGCCUCAACUAACUAGUGAAGUCGAAAUGAAGCCACAUGACAUGGAACGCAUUAAGUCUGAAAUGGCACUCAAUAGUUUCCUCCAGUGAGCAAGCAAUGAGUAGAAUUUUCAGUUUUGAGUAUUAUUUAAGUUAUGACAUCCAUGCUGUCGGUAUUUGCAUGGUAAAAAUUGAUCAUUGAUCAUUUCAUAACGGCCAUUCAAGUGAUUUUAAUGGUCUAUUCUGACGAACAUCUUUGGAUUCUGUUAUGCUACGAAUCUUCCUAAACUUAUAUGAAGUUGCGAACGGAAUUCUAUUUAAAGCUUAAAUUUUGAUAUUUUAUCAAACCAACUUUGAUUGAAAUGAGUUAAAAUUGCAGUUUGAUAUAGCUUUUCGUUUGUUAGGUAAAUAUUUGAGAUGUUUUAGAAUGCGAUUCUAGAUAAUCAAGUUCAGUACCCGGUCUGAAACCCCUUAUCAUCUUCGUCACUGAAACCAUAAUAGAGAUUGAAACCUUUCAUAUUGGCAUAUUGGUAGUUUGUAUUUUAUUUAUGAAUGGUUUCCCUUAAACUGACAAAAAACUGGUGAACGAACGCUACUAAUGUGAAAAAGUAGCAUACUUAUGACAAUUCAUAUGUCCCACUUAGUUUGAAAUAUGUACUCGAAAAUAUUUGUAUCAAAUAUCUUCUUCUUCUUCUUCUUCUUCUUCUGUAUGGCUCUACGUUCCCACUGGAACUUGGCCUGCCUCUCUCCAACUUAGUGUUCUUUUGAGCACUUCCACAGUUAUUAAUUGGAGGGCUUUCUUUGCCUGCCAUUGCAUGAAUUAGUAUAUUGUGAGGCAAGCACAAUGAUACACUAUGCCCAGGGAGUCGAGAAAAUUUUCCCGACCGGAAUGGGAAUCGAACCCGCCGUCUCCGGAUUGGCGAUCCAUAGCCUUAACCACUAGGCUAACUGGAGACCCCUUGUAUCAAAUAUCAUAGCGUGAUAAAAUCGAAAAAAAUACCGUGCUAGAAUCGAGCGUGAUAUAAUGGAGCGUGAGUAAAUAGAACCGUGACAAAAUCGAAAAACCACUGUAUUCAUUUUCGAAUCAGAGUCGCGAAGUGUUUUAAUAUUUUGAUAUAGAAUUUAUUUAGACAAAUAAUGCAACAUACGAAUUAUUUUAUAGUUUUGUAAUAUUUUAUAAUAUCGAAUCGAUGUGAAAACUGAAUUGAUGUUUUCGAUUGAAUCGGUGGAUCGACUCUGCUGAUCCGAUUCGAAUCGAUUCACAAAAAUCGAUGUCUCAGCCAGAUUUGCCCAAUGCUAUUUUUAUGUAUGAAUCAGUUUUAUUGCAAGUUCUAUCAAAUUGGUCAUGAAAACCUCUUAUAGAGCUGAACAAAACUUGAAAUGUUUAUAACGAAUACAAUUGGAACCUUAUAAAUGUACAUUUUAUUUUCUGUAUCGGGCCCCACGUCUGGGAAUUUAGACAUGAAAAACAAAAUGGAACAUUUCAAAUGCACUAACCACAAACAUGCAACACAUAACAUGAAUUGUGCAAAGUCAUCCAUCAUCCAGUCAUCCAUAACGAAGUCCGAAUUCAGGAUGACGAGGUUUCAUUAUUGUUCUUGGUCCAUCAGUCAAUCCUGUGAUCGUAUUUCUUCUGGCGGAUUGCCUUUUUGUUUGCAACUUCACUUGCUUACAUUGCUUGUGUUUGGUCUAGGAAUUACUAAUCCUAAGGCGGCAUCUAGAUGCGGGCAACAGCACAAGACCGUCUCCCAUUUGAUGUCCGUGUUAGGGGACGGCUUGCGUGUUUUGUACUGGAUUGCUGCCCGAAAUGAUUGGAGCACUACAAAUGUACAAUAAAUUUCAGGGACAGAUGUACAAACUACAGUAGGGGUACUCACUAAACAGAUUAAAUUGCUGCGUAAGCCAUGAUUUUCUGCUUAUUUGAAAUGUUUCAUGAUUUUGCGAAUGAAAUGAUCAAAGAUUGCCUUGGUGAUCGCGAAGUUUAAUUAGUUUAAUCAGUUUACGCUGUUAAGUGAAUCCCCCUAGUAUAAAAUAGAAAAUAAACUGACAACAUGUUCACAACUAUUUACAAACGUAACAUGUUACUUGGGCAAUCUCAAUGUUGCAACCAUAUAAUUUGAACGUCAAGCUGUUCCAUUGUUUCUAUCGUACUUAAUUCUUACACAAUAACACAUAUCAGGCAUUGCUCGACUGGUGUUAUCAUCCUCAUAAACUGCAUAACUUUGUGCUAAAUAUUCCAAUCUAGUCUACUGGCUACUCUCGAACAAAUAGUAGAAUGCACUCCGCUUUCAUUCAGAAAUAUGUUUGCUUCCGUUCCCGAACAGAAGGGAUAACUUACAAAUACCAAGCAAAGACGAAACUGUGCUCUGAUACCUAAAACUGCAAUUGCUAUGUUGUUUGACAAAAUGUUACGUGAACAUCACAAUAAAAAUGUGAGGUAUUUGAGCAGAAUUAGGUAUUAAUGUAAUAUUGUCUGAAUAAGCAGUAAAACAACUAAAGACCAAAUUUUGCCAUUGCAUCAUGGAGCUAUCGAAAAAAGG